AUGACUGUGGAGCUUAGUAUGGUCGAGUCUCUUGCUCUUAAGGACUUAGAAGAGUGGGAGUUGCGUGAGGAUAUUUUUUGGAAACGAAAGUCUCGUAUGGAUUGGCUUCAAGAAGAUCUACAAAUAUUUGAUCUAGGAAAUAACAAUUUUGAAGGUAGCAUUCCUGUUUGGAUUGAAAAGUUGACAGAUUUGAGAAUUCUUAGCUUGGCUUCUAAUAAAUUUGAUGGUAGAAUUCCGCCCCAGCUGUUCAGGUUGCAAUAUCUUCAAAUUCUAGAUUUACCUGAUAAUCAAUUAUCAGGAAAUAUACCUUCAGAUGUGAGCAAGUUAUGUGCUUUGGUCAAUAAUUCACAAACUUUCCAUUUGCAAUAUUCUUCAUAUUAUGAGGUUGGUUCAAGUUUGGACACAGAUUAUGGAAUGAAUUUUGCUGAUGAAGUAACAAUUUGGAUAAAAGGAAGGAGAAUUCCAUAUUCUAAAAUAAUUGGACAAGACAAGUUCAUGGAUUUGUCACAUAAUAACUUGUCAGGAAAUAUUCCUUCAGAAUUGGGGCUCUUGAGAGGAUUAAUUUCUCUCAACAUAUCAAAAAAUAAUCUAAGUGGGGUAAUUCCAGAAUCCUUGGGAGCCUUGACUUACUUGGAAUCUUUGGAUCUUUCAGAAAAUAAUUUGUUAGGAAAGAUUCCUAUUCAACUUUUAAAUCUCACAUUCCUUGCUGUGUUGAAUCUUUCUGACAACAAGUUGUCAGGGUUAAUACCACAAGGGAAGCAGUUUUCAACCUUUGAGAUUUCUUCCUUUCUAGGAAAUCCUAAUCUUCAUGGACCUCCCCUUGAAAACAGGACACAGAGUCUUGGUUUUGGUAGACAACAUAAUUACAAAGAAUUGAAUAAUACAACCACUGAAAGUGUAGAUGCAGUUGUAAUGGAUAGAUGGUGGGCAGUGGGAGUGGGGUUAAGUUACGGAGUGGGAUUUGCUACUGUGAUUGCAGUGUUGUGCUUCCACAUGAAAUGGAGAUACAUAUGCUUUUCUUUCAUGGAUAAUUUUAUCUAUGACCUUUGUGAAUAG